AUGAACUCCCUCAACAUCCUAACGGCCCGCGUAUCGCCGCCCCCAAGUCCAACUCAAUCUCGAUCGAACAGCAUAGGAGGAGGUCCCAUUGGUACAAUUGGAUUGGCCUCCGAAGACCAGCACGGCGACGACAGACUCUCCGGUCACGAGACCGAAUCCUUUGCCCAGGAUACUAUCGACGAAUCGCGAUUCACCGAAAAGCCGGCUGACGAGAGUACACCAUUGCUCAACGACACAGGCGACAGCCAAAAACGAAGUUCAUGGUGGCACUCUAUCCCUCGACGCUUUGCUUCCAGCAUUAUUGGUUCUAUUAGAUGGGUUCUUGCGACACUGGCAUCUCCAGGUGUCUAUCUCAUUGCAUGUUUCUAUGACGAAUACGGCAACUUCGCACCCUUUACACAGCUCGGAAAACUAUUUGGAUUGCACGGACCUCGACAUAAGAUCAUGGAAGAAUCUGAAAAUGUUUCUGAAAAAGACUAUGGCAGGACUACAGGAUAUAGGAAGCUAGCACCAAGACCGAGGCCCGUAUCAUCGUCAUCGACGUCAUCAGGCCUCUCAUCGGAAUCGGAAUCGGAUGGAUCGCGGUCUGGCAGUCUCAGUCGACACGCACGAUCAAAGUCACUACAGCCUGCAGAGGAAACCGGUCCGACGAGAAGGUCAAUUCGCAUCAAGCUCAACAGCGACGAAGAUCUCAGGCAGCGGAAGCAUAGGAAAACGCAAUCGGCAGUCGCGCGAACAAAGGCUAGUGAUUUGGGCGGCGGCGACCUCUCGGCGCAUCUGAAAUCUCCCACUUCCCCCAUUGCAGCGCUCACCAAGUACCCUAAGACACCGGCACCACCUCGACCUUUGAUCCCACGCAGGCAGCCGUCAUAUAUCAACCUCGAACCACCGACGAGCCCGCAGAAGACCCUGAUUCUAGAUCUAGACGAAACCUUGAUACACAGCAUGUCCAAGGGCGGCAGGAUGAGUACCGGACACAUGGUUGAAGUGCGCUUGAACACAACAUAUGUGGGGGUUGGUGGGCAGACAUCGAUUGGACCGCAGCAUCCGAUUCUAUACUGGGUUAACAAGCGACCGUAUUGCGACGAGUUUUUGAGGAGGGUAUGCAAGUGGUACAACCUGGUUGUUUUCACGGCAUCGGUGCAGGAGUACGCAGAUCCAGUGAUUGACUGGCUGGAGGCGGAGAGGAAGUAUUUCUCGGCGCGAUACUAUCGCCAGCACUGCACGUUCCGGCAAGGCGCUUUCAUCAAGGACCUCAGUUCGGUCGAGUCAGACCUGAGCAAGGUCAUGAUUCUGGACAACAGUCCGUUGAGUUAUCUGUUUCACCAAGGUAAGCUGCCUCAGCCGGAUUUCGGAGGGAAGACUGUUAACAUUCGUUUGUCAGACAAUGCGAUUCCCAUCCAGGGGUGGAUCAAUGAUCCGACGGAUACAGACUUGAUGCAUUUGGUGCCGCUGCUGGAGGGUCUGCAGUAUGUUCAUGAUGUUAGGGCGUUGUUAGCCCUGAGGGGUGGUGAAGAUGGUCAACAUAUGGCAUAA